AGACGGUCAUCAUCACCCGUUCACCCGUCGUCUGCACUCCAUUCACUGUGUAGCUACCAUCAAUACACGUCCCUUCUCCCUCCCCACAACUGCCUGCGUCUCUCAACCACUCACUGCGACGCGGCAAAUCAAUCCGUUGCUGUGCCGAGGUACACUGCCUUUUCCGCCGCUCGUAUCACCUCGCGCCACCUCUCUGUCGCUCCCACAGCGCUCAGAUAGCCGUCUACCUUUUGCUAAGUGGACAUUGUUCAUGAUGGCGGGAUUUGCGCACAAGACACCAAUCGGCUCGAGCGACCCACACGGGACAUAUCGGCUCGUGUUGCUCGGCAUUCCUGUUCUCGCCCUCUUUGCUUUCAUUGCAGGUGUGCUGGGUGCUUACUCGGCGGGGCAGAUCGGCAAGCUGGAAGAUGCAGUGGACGACCUCGGCGUUCGAUACAGCGGGUUCAGAGAUGGUGGCUGGGGCCUGAUUGCAUUCAUUGGCCUGUUCACCUUCCUGUGGGGCUCGGCGGUGACAGUGCUAUCGUUGUUGCCUGUCGGCGGCGCAAAGGGAGCUACACCUUCCAGUGCUGUACGAUGGGUCGUCGGACCGCUCGGCGUGGCAGGCAUCUUGGCCUUUGUCUGGCUGCUCUUCCUGAUUGGGGCCGCUUACUCGUCCAGCGGAGGCACAUGCUCUAGCCUCGCUGAUGUUAUCGCUGAUCGGCUCAUUGGAGACUCGCAUUUUUGCGGCACAAUCAAGGCCACAGUAGCAUUUGCGUGGAUCUCUUGGGUAAUCUCGUUCGUCUUGCUCGCUGCUGCCACUUUGCUUGCGCUCAAGGUCCCUCGUUCGCACGGAGGUCUGGCAUCCGAUAGUGCGGCUGGCGCAGGAGCCGCAGGCGCGGGAGCAUACGCGUCUGAGCCUAAGGAUCAAGAGUCGGCAGCAAAUACGUAUCCACCAGCGCCCACCGCAGGCCGAGAAAAUCACAGCAGCUAUCCGACAGCAGCAAGCAGUGUGACAGGUCCUCAGUCCGAAGUGACGAGGGCAGACGACUAUCCCAGCGCUCCUCCUUCUUUUCCCCUACCUCAACCCACUGGUCACGCGGGGUCACCAGCCUCGCCAUCUUUGAGAGCCCCGCCUAGAAGCGAGAUCACAGCCGCUGAGUCUUCGGACCAUGGAGACUCGACUUCCCCGCCCAGAGCUCCUUCGAGCGUCGGCACCGCUCCUACGACAGUAGCGAGCCCUCUUGGUAGCGCUCGUCCUACUCUGCCGCCCACAGGAGAGAUCAUGCAAGCUUGAGCGAGCAGGCUUGUCGCGAUACAUGAUCUUCACCACACACCGGCGGUAUUCUGACAAAAUGAUCGACAUGUCUCACUGCCUCUUGCGCAUUGAUGCUCGCUGUGCCAGCCCAGCGAAGUCGAACUUCCAUACCCUCUUCGUGCUGCCUCACCUCUGCGCCGUUGUCGUUCUGGACACGAUCAGAUCCGGCUCUACUUCAACUUGUGUACCACCACAUAUUUGCAAUGAGCUGUAAUCAGAUCCCCGACGCAGUCUUUUAUCCAGUGAAUGACCAAUCAUCUCUCGA